AUCGAGAUGAAAUUGUUUUGGAUUAAUCCCCUCAAAAACUUUACAAUUAAAGAUGUGGCAAGCAACGUGGGGCACAGCACUGAUUGGAAGCAAUAUGGCGGUUCCACGAGGAAGACGAUGACAACACACGGCCGGAGACACAGCUGUAACAAUUUCCAAAGACGAGACAAACAACACACACACAAAUACAACACGCACUCACCACUGUCUGCAUCAAAAUCAAACCCUCAUUCACAGAACCAGAAUCUGCAGAAUCAUGGUGAAGAAACGCCUUCCUGAUUGGCUCAACAGCCCCAUGUGGUCUUCUCCCACAGUUACCACAUCUCCACCACCGAAAUCACGAUCGCUAUCGCCACCGCCUCCGCCUCCUUCGUCGUCGAACGACGAUCGAUAUGGUAUUGGUAGUUACCCUUCCAAAUCUUCCUCCGUCACGUCAUCCGAUUCUUCUCUGAAUGAACCGCAUGUUCCGUUGCCACCUCCUACUUCAAUCAAACAUGAACCGACUCCGAAGACGAAAAUUAGGGAUUCAUCGACCCGUAGCGUGAACAGUGAUAACGACGUUAGUUCCUCCAUUGAAGAUGUUUCACAUCAGGCACAGUUAUUAGAAGAGCUAUCGAGGAAGAUUAUAAACAUUGGAGAACUGCGACAACUCUGUUUGUUGGGUAUUCCAGAUGCUGCUGGCAUCCGUUCCACUGUAUGGAAGUUGUUGUUGGCAUAUCUUCCAACUGAUAAAGGGCUUUGGUCAUCAGAAUUGGCUAAGAAGAGAGCUCAGUACAAACAAUUCAAAGAGAACCUUUUGAUGAAUCCAUCAGAAAUCACCAGGACAUUGGAAGUCUCUGCAUCUCUUAAAAAUGGUGAUCUAAGUGAGGGAAAAGGGUUACUGGAAAGGUCAAAAAUUCCUCAUGGGGAGCAUCCAUUAAGCCUAGGGAAGACUAGCAUUUGGAACCAAUUCUUUCAGGACUCUGAGAUCAUUGAGCAGAUAGAUCGUGAUGUGAAACGAACUCAUCAAGACAUACCUUUUUUCUCUGGUGACUCAGCAUCUUCAAAAGCCAAUCAAGAAUCUUUUAAAAACAUACUCAUCAUAUUUGCAAAACUGAACCCAGGGAUAAGAUAUGUGCAAGGGAUGAAUGAACUUUUGGCCCCUUUGUUCUAUGUUUUCAGAAAUGACCCUAAUGAGGAUUCUUUGCUUAAUGCUGAAGCAGACACGUUUUUUUGCUUUGUUGAGUUAAUAAGUGGUUUUAGAGAUAAUUUUUGUCAGCAACUUGAUAAUAGUAUUGUUGGCAUUCGAUCCACAAUUUCAAGAUUAUCACAGCUUUUAAAGCAACAUGAUGAAGAGUUAUGGCGUCAUCUUGAGGUCACAACAAAAGUUAACCCACAGUUCUACGCAUUUAGAUGGAUCACACUUUUACUGACUCAGGAGUUUAACUUUUCUGAUAGUCUUCACAUUUGGGAUGCCCUCUUAAGCGACCCUGAGGGACCUCAAGAGACUCUCCUUCGGGUUUGCUGUGCAAUGCUGAUUCUGGUUAGGAGGCGUUUGCUUGCUGGAGAUUUCACAGCAAAUCUCAAGUUAUUACAAAAAAUAGUCUACACCCUCACCCUUUUUCCUCUCUCUUCUUUUGCCACCGAUAACCACCACCAUCUUCCAACACCAUUACCACCAGAAAAGGCUUCCACCAUUACCACCACCAUGACACUAUCUUCUCCAUCCACCCUUUUCUCUCUCCCUUCUACCACCACCACCACCAUAAGUCAACGCCCCCGCCACCCCACCACCACAACUUCAAAUCAAUACCAGAAAAGACCUUCAUCAUCCACGAACCACCACAACAUCCAUCAUCAAUUUCUAGGAACAUUCUCUCUCUUAGGAUCAACAACUCCAUCAGCCAAGAUCCUGAUCCUGACCACCUUCUUGAAGUUAAAGUGCAAGCAAUCCAAAAAAACGAUACAUAAAAGCAUUUCAUAUAUAAAAGAAAAGGUGGGACCUGAUGGCGUAGCCGGAAACGAUUCGUCCCAGUUAAACCCAUCGAAAUUACCACCACUUCCUCCAUCGCCGCUACCACCAAACGGACCAUCACCGCCAUCAAAGAACCAUCCUUCGUUUUCAUCGAUGAAGGGAACAUCGCCAAGUCCACUAUGGAUCGACGAUCCCCUUUUCCCUAACAAAUUUCUGACUCUCGAUAUCUCUUUCAACUAUUGCUCCACCAUCACCAAACUGAUAUCUGCAAAUAUAUAA